CAGCGUCAUCGUCAGCGCGCUCUGUUUAGGAAAACCUGCGUGUCUAUGCAGCUGUAAACGUUACAGUGAUUUUUAGAUUAAAUAUGUUCUGAAUAUGACCGUGUAGUUAACGGGACAUGAUGUCGGUCCUGUCCUCUCUGCUGUGGGUAUCCUUUCGUUUCCUUACAGCUUCUCGUUGUGUUGCCUUUUCGUGUCGGACUUCACAGCUCUACAAGUUGUUCGUCCCACGCUGUUACACAUCGAGUGCCACAGACACACCAGCUGAUUAUCUCACAUCUGGCAUCGAGGAGUACAAGGAUUUACAGAAAUAUUUCAGCAGGAGACUGAGGGCAACAUACCGCAAGUUUUCCAGUGUGCCAGAUAACUCCAUGGUUUGUGGCCGUCACCAUGUGUACGUCGUUCAAUUUGAUGGCAUCUACAGAAUGGGCUCCAGACACGGUGAGUCAGAGUCACAGCAGGUGUUGGAUCUGAGGCAAAUCCCUGCAGAGGAGACAAAGACGGGAGUCGAAAACCUGCCAUGGGUCAUCCAGAGAGUGCGUGUGUCACCGCAGGAGAAGCACCUCGCUGCCACUGUGAAGACCUGUGACAGUGAAAUGCCAAAAUGUUUGAUUGUUAAGCUUGGAGAUGGAAAUCCUGAUUUUGUGGAUCCCCCACAUGUUGCACUCACUGUGGACAAAGUCGUCAGCUUUGAGUGGGUGACAGAUGACAUCCUGUUUUAUACGACACUGGAGGGUCUGCGCUGCAGCAGUGUGUUUCGUUUGGACCUAACCUGCAGGAGAACACACUCAGUGUUUGAGGAAUCACGGCCUGACGUGUUUGUGGAGGUUGCACUUUCCAGAGACAGACACAUUCUGACCAUUAACUGCAACAGCAAGACAAGCUCAGAAGUGCUGCUCAUUGAUACCACCACACCCAAUUUAGAACCCUUCCUGGUUCAGCCACGCCAGCGGGACUUGCUGUACCACGUCGAGCACUGGAGAGGAAGUUUGAUUUUACUGGCCAACACAGGCCCUGGGCUGGAAUAUCAGGUGGUACAGGCUUCACUCUUGGAGCCAUUCAUGGCCUCCUGGGUGCCUUUGUUUGUCCCUGGUCCAGGCGCUGUGGUCAAAGACAUGGAGGUGGUUGGAGACCACUGCGUGUUAUUUGCACGAACACAAGUGGGUGAGCUUGUGUUGACUGUGGUUCCAUUGACCCAUCCCAGCGAAGCAUUUACUAUACAGCUCCCCUCCUGGGCCUGUGCUGUUGAAACUAGAAAACCAGGAUUGACAAACCAACACAAUGUGUUAGAGCUCCUAAUCUCAUCUCCAGUCCACCCCCCAGUGCCCUUCUGUCUGAACCUCAAGGAUGGACUGCUUUUGGCCAGAACAAAAGACUGGACCUCCAUGGAGAAGCAGAGCGGUUCUGUCAUCUCACGGUUGGAGGCCUGUAGCCAAGAUGGCACUUUGGUACCAGUCACACUAUUUCACACGGUACCUGUGGAGCGUUUGAAGGAGGCACCGCUGCUGGUCCACGUGUACGGAGCUUACGGCAGAGAUGUGCACAUGGACUUCUGCCCGGAGAACACACUGCUCCUGCAGCAGGGCUGGACUCUGGCCUACUGCCACAUCAGAGGUGGAGGAGAGCGAGGUCUGUUUUGGCACCGCCAGGCUCGUGUGGAAGGGAGGCAGAGAGGAGUGGACGACCUCCGAGCAUGUCUCCAUCACCUCUUCUCCAUCGGCGUCUCCUCACCUUCACUUACCGCCCUCACCACCUGCAGUGCCGGGGCUGUGCCCGUAGGGGCGCUGUGUAACAGUCACCCACACAUGAUGCAAGCUGUUAUGUUGCAGGCUCCUUUUCUGAACGUUUUGGAGGCGAUGGAGAACUCCAACCUGCCGCUGACCGUGGAGGAGCGAGAAGAAUGGGGAGAUCCUGUAGGAAACACAAAACACAGGCUCGCCAUUACCUCAUACUGUCCCUUAAACAACAUUACACCUCAGCAGAGAUACCCAUCUAUGUUGCUGACAGCCUACAGAGACGAUGCCAGAGUGCCUCUGACGGGGAUCCUGAAAUACACAGAGAAGCUAAAGAAAGCUCUUCAUACACACUUCACCACUCACCCUGUGUCAGGAUGUAAACCAAACAUUGUUCUGAAUGUCCAACCUGGAGCAAACCACCUCGGACCAGAAGACUUUGAACUGAGACUGGAGGAGGCUGGCCUAAAACUAGCUUUUCUCUACCAAGAACUUGGCCUGGACCAUCUUCGGCCUCCACGGAAGAAGAGGAGAUAAAUUUCAGGUGCCAGGUAGCAGUUGUCCACCGAGCAACUGGUUUGACACAAGGGAAGAUGUCAACACUGAAACUUACUACAGUGGUCAAUGAAAGAAAUAGACUUUAGGAGACACUGAAAAGAAAUGUGAAGAAGUGAUUGUAUUAUGAAGCUAUCAUCAGUGACAUUGUCUGUCCUUAUCAGCAUUUAUAAAGUAGGUCCAUGGCUUCUAAGUAGCAGCC